AUGCAUGCCAGAAACCUCCAUUCUCCUUUUCAAAGACUACAUAUGAUGGAUUGCGAUCUUUCAGCUCAGCAGGACACAGGGACCAUGCAAGCUGUAAUUGGUCAGGAUCCAAUGAUAGCUGGACAAGUCAGUAAGCCCUUGCUGUCACUGCGGAGUGAAAUGAAUGCAGAGUUGAGAGGUGAGGACAAGGCAGCUACUUCAGACAACGAGCUGAAUGAGCCCCUGCUUGCGCCUGUGGAAUCAAAUGACAGCGAGGACACUCCCAGCAAGCUCUUCGAGGCCAGAGGAAACACAGUGCUGCCUGACACGAGCCCAGCAGACCAGCACCAACCCAGUCAGUCCCAUCCUGCAUUCCCUGUUGGGCCUCAGCCAUUACUGACAGCCCAACAGUUAGCCUCAGCAGUAGCGGGGGUGAUGCCAGGAGGCACUCCAGCCCUGAAUCAGCCGAUCCUUAUUCCUUUCAACAUGGCUGGGCAGCUGGGGGGCCAACAAGGACUCGUCCUAACUCUACCUACAGCAAAUCUCACCAACAUCCAAGGGCUGGUAGCAGCAGCUGCAGCAGGAGGCAUCAUGACUUUGCCAUUGCAAAAUCUACAAGCUACCUCAUCCCUGAACUCCCAGCUUCAACAGCUUCAGCAUCUUCAGCAGCUCCAGCAUCAACAGCAGCAGCAGCAGCAGCAAGGUCAGCAGCAGCAAGGUCAGCAGCAAAGCCAGCAGCAGCAGCAAGGUCAGCAGGCACAGACUCCACAGCCAUCCCAGCAGACCCAGCAGCCACAGCCACAGCCAUCAGCACCACCGCAGCAGAACCAAACACAGUCCCAGAGCCAGAGCCAACCACCUCCGGCCCCACAGUCCUCCAGCUCCCCUCAGAAACCCAGCCAGUCACCAGGGCAUGGCCUUCCAUCUCCUCUUACUUCACCAAAUCCAUUGCAGCUGGUUAAUAAUCCACUAGCAAGUCAAGCAGCAGCGGCUGCAGCAGCAGCAGCCAUGGGCUCAAUAGCAAGCUCCCAAGCCUUUGGCAAUGCCCUCUCCAGUCUUCAGGGGGUCACAGGUCAACUCGUCACUAAUGCACAAGGACAGAUUAUUGGAACAAUCCCACUGAUGCCUAAUCCAGUCCCCUCCAGCCAGGCGGCAGGUGGAGCUCAGGGACUUCAGGUGCAGCCGAUAACUCCACAGUUAUUGACCAACGCCCAGGGUCAGAUCAUCGCUACUGUCAUCGGCAACCAGAUACUCCCAGUGAUCAAUACCCAGGGAAUAACACUAUCGCCGCUCAAACCAGGCCAGCAGCUCCAUCAGCCCUCCCAGACGCAAGUGGGACAAGCAGCCUCACAAUCCAAUCUCCUGCAUUUGGCUCACAGUCAAGCAUCUAUGUCUCAAAGCCCAGUGCGUCAGGCUUCCUCUUCUUCCUCCUCAUCCUCCUCCUCUUCAGCUUUGAGUGUUGGCCAGUUAGUCAGCAAUCCUCAAACAGCCACUGGAGAGGUGGAUGGGGUGAAUCUGGAAGAAAUCCGAGAAUUUGCCAAAGCUUUUAAAAUCCGGCGCCUGUCCCUUGGCCUGACACAGACUCAAGUUGGCCAAGCCCUAAGCGCCACCGAAGGCCCAGCCUAUAGCCAGUCUGCCAUCUGCAGACACACCAUCCUGAGAAGCCACUUUUUCCUACCACAGGAAGCCCAAGAGAACACUAUAGCUAGCAGUCUGACAGCCAAACUGAACCCUGGCCUUUUGUAUCCUGCCAGGUUUGAAAAGCUGGACAUCACCCCUAAAAGUGCCCAGAAGAUAAAGCCGGUGCUUGAGCGGUGGAUGGCUGAGGCUGAGGCCCGCCAUCGAGCAGGUAUGCAGAACCUUACCGAGUUUAUUGGAAGCGAACCAUCCAAAAAGCGCAAGAGGCGUACCUCAUUCACGCCACAAGCCCUUGAAAUCUUGAAUGCCCACUUUGAGAAGAACACGCACCCCUCUGGGCAAGAAAUGACAGAGAUUGCAGAGAAACUGAACUAUGACCGGGAAGUAGUUAGAGUUUGGUUCUGCAAUAAGAGGCAAGCACUGAAGAACACAAUUAAACGUUUGAAACAACACGAGCCUGCGACGGCAGUUCCUAUGGAGCCUUUAACAGACUCUCUGGAAGAAAACUCCUAA